CAGGGAGAAGCAGGUCCUGAGGGCACAGUUGGAUUUCCAGGUGUUCGUGGUCCUCAGGGAAAUCCAGGACCAGAUGGACCAGUGGGUCCUAAAGGAGACCCUGGUGAUCCAGGAGAUGAAGGAGAUAUAGGAGAGCCUGGACCACCUGGACUUAAUGGAGCCAAUGGGAAUCCAGGAAAACCUGGACCCUCAGGUGAUCCCGGGGAUAAAUCCAAGCGAGGUGACAAGGGCGAUUCAGGGUUUAAGGGAGACAUAGGGCCUCCAGGGCCUCCAGGUAAACAGGGAUCAAAGGGUCGUCGAGGCCCAUUGGGGUUGGAGGGACUUGUAGGACCAACAGGGCCACCAGGACCUCCUGGUUCCAGCGGGUUUGAUGGCAUCAUGGGGGAGCAAGGAAAGCAGGGAAAAGAUGGUCCAAAGGGAGAUCGAGGGCCAACUGGUAUUCAAGGAGCCGCUGGGCCUCGAGGUGACAAGGGUCGAAAAAGCCUAGCAGGAUUUUCAGGAGUACCUGGUCCCAUUGGAGAGAUGGGAAAAUCUGGGGAGAGAGGACGUGAAGGAGAACCUGGUAUUAAGGUUCCUAUGUGAUUACACUUCUUGUUCUGAGCUUAUGUGACUGCUGUGUUCAGAAUAAAUAUAUUCACUAUUUGUGAUUUUCAACAUUUGUCAUUUAAGGGCUUUUUUUAACAGCGAAACCUGGACUUUGAUAUUCAGCCUUUUAUAUACACUGUAUUUCCAUGAUUACAUUUGUAGAUUGUUGACUUUUAUGUGUCAAUUUGUGAAAAGCAGACAAACUAAUAAAACUUCUUAUAAGACGUUAAUAAAACACUCUGUUUGUAUGUGUGUAAACUGUUUGUGUAGGGAAUGCCUGGAUUCACAGGGGAGCGUGGACCUAAAGGCCAGAAGGGUUUUCAAGGUCAUUUGGGAAACAGAGGACAGGAUGGAGCUCAUGGAGCCCUGGGCCCCAUUGGUGCAAAUGGAAUGAAUGGCGACCCAGGAACACCAGGCCCAAAGGGAUCACCUGGAAAGACGGGAGCACCUGGCCUCCAAGGACAUGUAGGGAAGAGUGGUGAAGCUGGCAGUAGAGGAUUGGAGGGGACACCAGGAAAACCAGGAGACAGAGGUGUUAAAGGUAAAGAAGGCCUCAGUGGACUUCCAGCGGAUGAAGGACUAAAGGGUAAGAGAGGCGAGGAAGGACCAAGGGGAAAACCAGGCCCCCCAGGUGAGACGGGCAUGUCUGGACCACGAGGAUACAGAGGAGCUCCUGGUAUUCAGGGCAACAUAGGACCAUGGGGUGAGGUUGGGCCCCGUGGCCUUCCAGGUGACCAAGGGCCACGAGGUCCAGUUGGUCCUCGAGGAGUUACAGGUUACCCAGGUAAAGAUGGAUCCCAAGGACCAACUGGAUCAGCUGGUUUCAAAGGAGAUAAGGGAUCUACGGGGGCUUUGGGGCAGGAGGGAGUUGCUGGUCUCGAUGGGUCCAGUUGGACUGAGGGGACCCGAGGGCUCAAUUGGACAAAAAGGAAUAUCUGGUGAUAAGGGAAACACUGGACCUCCUGGACAGAAAGGGCCAAAGGGAGCUGAAGGUGACACUGGCAAUCAAGGGCUACUGGGAACAAAGGGUCUGCUGGGAAAACAGGGAUACAGGGGAGCGCAGGG